UCAUCUGAUCAAUGUAGGCGCCUAGGCACAGUGAUGUGUGAGAAUUAGAAUGUCGUCCAGCUCUGCUUCUCGGAAAUCUGCGUCUCCAGCAUCGGCGCCCACGAGUGUUGACGACGAUAAGCAUCGCAAUGGAAAGCUUGUCAACCAAUUGAGGCGUAAAAUCGUUCUCUUGGAGGAAAAACAAGCAAAUCUGAUACAGACACACAACCAAGAAUCUGUUGAACUGCAGACUGUUGCCAUUGAUGUGCGAGCAGCUUUGGAAAAGAGUGAGUUAGAGCGCCAACGUCUUGGUUAUGAGUAUGACCAGCAAGCGGCAGCAAGUAGAGAGCUCACUGCUUCUGCUGCUAAUAAAGAAGCCUCUCUUGAAGAACUAAACGCGGCACUACAACGACAAGUUGGUAAACUGACACACAAAGUAGCAGAGUUAGAAGAUGUUGCACAGCAUCAACAGAAGAAACACGAAGCAGAGAGAGAGAGCAUUCUUGCUGAAAUGAAAAUCAAGGAGUCGUAUCUGGAGGCUUGUGAUGCUGAGAAGCAAGCUCUUGAGCAGGAAACAGGGCUGUUGGACAGUCAGUGUAAACGCCAAGCAGCUGAAGUUACUCAGUUGAAAAGAAAGACAGAGACUCUUCAAUCCAAGCUGGCCAGUCAGUCAGAAAUUGUCAAGAAACAAGCUGGCGACUUGGAGUCUCGGACUGGUCACGAUGAAAAGAUGAAGAGAGAAGUAGAAGCUGCAUAUGCCAGGCUACGAGAUGUUGAAGAAAGUUAUGAGUCAGAGCGAGCUGCACACUUGGAAUCAAAAUUUAAUGCAGAGCUUGUACAGUUACGAGUGAGAGACCUUGAAGCAGCUCUUGAGGCAGAGAAAGUUGCUGGCAGGGAAGCAUGUAUGAGUGUUGAAAUGCUGAAACAGCAGUUGAGAGAUAUUGAGAACAGUUUGGAGAAUGAGCAAAAACAACAUCUCAGUCUUGGUGCCAACAUGGAAGAGCAGCAAAGAGAGUGGGUUAGCAAGGAAAUUGCUCUAACUGCUCAAUUAGAAGAGAAGCAAUCACUUGUUGGCAGAUUAUCAGAGCAAUUGGAACAUCAUGAGAAGAAUUUGAAGCUCUUGAAAACACAACUGUUUGAAGCAAGACAAACACAGAAGGAACUAGAGGAGAAGUACAUCAGCUGUUUAAGGGAAUUGGAAAUGCUAGUGAGAAGCAUGCAGCCAACUAGUGGCUCUCCAGAAAAUCAUUCAGCAUCUUCUAAGUUGGUUCCUUCUGCCAUUCUCGGUUCGUUAAAACAACUACUGACAAACUACCAGAGCAAUGUUUCUCGCACUUCGUCUCAAUUGUCUGCUUUUAAGUCAGAUGUUGAUCGCUUGACAAGUGAGUGUGAACAUUACAAGGAGGCUGCUCAGUCUAAGGAGAAUGCACUUAAAGAAGUUCAAACGAGCUUGUCUCAAGCUGAAGAGAAGUUAGUGAAGAUUACAGCAGAGACGUCUCAUAGAAACGAAUUGGUGGAUCAUUUGACAAGCAAGUUACAACGAAAAUCAGAAAGACUGUUGAAAGAAAGAGAGCGACGCCAGGCAGCAGAUCAGCAGCUGGCACAAUGUAGACAGAAUAUGCGAACUGACAAUGAGAACAAAUGUCAGUAUUUACAGUCGUUGUAUGAUCGGCUGGUUGCUGGUCGUGUCGUGUUGGAUGGUCGUUCUCCGCAAGUGCAGUUCACAUGGCCAGAACUGACAACAAUGGUUGCAGAACAAGUUUCUAGUGCAUUGUUGGAAGUGCAAAGACUGAAGAACAAGGUUGAUCACAUUGAAAGUGUGGUGAAGAGAAAAGAUGAGGCUCUUAAUGAAGUGAACAUUUCUCAUCAACAAGGCCUCAGCAAGUUGUCUCAAGCUGCUCAACAAAGAGAGAAGACAUGGCAACAGCAGAGAUGGGAACUGGAGAGCCAUUAUAAUGGAAUACUGCAAGAGCUACAAUCUAAAGCAGAGAAAUCACAAGCUUUGACUGACCAAGCAUGGGAACGUGUUCACAGCAGUGAUGAGAAACAAGAUCGUUUGCAAGCUGAGUAUGAAAAGUUACGUUCAAAAGUGGAUCGUUAUGAAUCAGACAUGAUUUUAUUACAAACUGGAUGUGGAUUGCUUGGUGGUGCUCUUCUUUCACAGUUUAACAGCAUUGAUAUGCUGGUGACACACAAGAGAAUGUUAAGUGAGAGAUGUCGGCUAUUGGAUGAACUCCAACAGAGGAUAAGCUUGUUAGUGGAUGAUAUGAGUAUCAAUGGACAGUCUGAAAACUCACGACAUGUGAGGGAAGUUGCCACACAAAAUGCUGUGACAUUUUCAUGCACAAAGCAUCGAUUACCAGUAAGAUAUGACAGAGAGCGACCUGUGAUGAGAUUCAGAGUUGCAGUUAUUGUUGUCUUAUCGUUUAAUCGUCUUCUUAAACUUGGCCACUCAUCAUCUGUUCUAUUUGCUGAUGCUAGACGAGUACGUGUUGUGGCAGCAGCAGGCAAGGGUAAUGCCAAAUGUUUGGAGCAAGAACCAGCUGCUACUGAUCGUUUGACUGCCAGUCUGUCGUGGCUUACUAGUGCACAGUGUCGACAACUGUUUACUAGCUCCUUGUCUGGUGUACCAGAAGUUCUGUCUACUCUUUCUGAUGGUAAUGGGACAGCAAAUGACUCAGCUUUGGAUACUAGUGUUGUUCUUUCAUCAAAACAUCUUAGCGUUAGUCACUUUGCUGAAGGUGAACCUGCUCUACAGCAUUGUCUCCAGUCUCUUUGUGCUGCAUUUUCAAGAACCGUUAGUGCUAUUCUUGCUGAGUUUCCAUCUGAAGAAUUGCAAGGUCUUCAUGGUGCUUUUGCGGUGAGACAAAGAGGGCCAUCAGCAUGGUCACUGGUUACAUUACUGAGAUAUGGUCUUCACAAGUUGAUGCACAAACCAUCUCAAUCAGGGAAAAUGCUCAGUCAUCAGUGUAUGGAUGUAGUUGAAGAGCAUGUCACUGAGCUGUUGGGUCGUUUACGUGACUGUGAAGUCGAACGUUCCAAGCUACGUUUACAAUUAAGCUCUAGUGAAGACGAGUUGGGAAGAUUGAGUGAGGCGUGCCAGCAGAUCAACAUUUUGCAGACAACUAUGAAGCGAUUAGAACAAGACGCUGAAGAAACUGUUCCUAAACGUCUAUAUGACCGACUCAUUGUAGACUCACAAGCUAAUAGACAGUACAUAAAGGAGCAAGAGAUAAAGAUUGGAGAGCUGACACGGAAGCUUGAUCGAAAGGAAAAUGACUCAAUGGAGACAGAAGCAACUCUUGCUCAAGCUGUCAAGAGUUUGACUGACAUGAAGAUGGAAGUGCAGCGUCGAGGUGAGUCAGUCCAGCGGUUGAGAAAUCAACUAUCGAGCGUCGAAGAUGACAAACAGUCCUUACAGAGUGACUUACAACUCUGUCAGCUGUCACUGAAAGCUGCUAUUAGAGAGAAGGAUCUCAUCUUGGAAUACCUGCUAGCAGUAGAUGAAGCUCUACAAACAACUGUAGGUCAGGUAUCUGCGAGACAACUAGUAACUGAACACAACGUUGCAUUACCAUCGCUGCCAAAAUUGGAAUCUCCUGACCAUACUGAACUACAAGUAUCUUCUCAUGUGGCAGCUUGCCAGGCUAUUGUGCGUCAAGUGAUAGAUUUUCAUCACCAAGCAGCUACUGCAAUAGCAUCUCUGAGAGCCGAAAUCGAGUCUCACAGGGCACGUGCUGCUGCCCUACAUGCUGAACUAACAACUGCGUAUCAACGUCAGAUGGAGCAAGACUAAUAGGUUAGGCAGCUGCAGUAUUAUGGUAUAGGUUCAUUUGAUAGUUUGCUCUAAUAUACUGUAUACAUGUAUCAUAUGCUAUUUUUAUAUUGAGUACUAUCUUUAGUAUCAUAGUCAUGAGUGUGUACUUUGUUACUGUUUACUUGUUGUUCGAAUGAUCACAGAUUGUUUUGAAAGACAUACUCGUAGUAGAAAACAUUUCAUGUUCUAAUUUGA